AUGCCUAUGUCUGUUGAAAUCUCUUUUGCAGGUUCAAUGAUGCACUAUCGUAGAUAUGUUCCUGUUUCGUUGUUCAUCAUCUUGCAAUCCCAUAUUUGCUUGUCCUUGUCAUGGCUUGCGUGGGGCAUGUCACCAAACAUGGACAAUCAAGUCAGUCAUUUAGGUACACCAAGUGAUUUCUCGGCAGAUUUCUCUGUACAAGCUGUUGAUUAUAGGGAGGGGAUUCACGUCGUGGAAAAGGCUAAAGCAAAACUCGAUAGCUCGAACUCGUGUUGGCAAAGAGCUUACCUACAUAUAUUCUCGACCUGCUCGGUGAUCAUCGGCGACGAUAGCGAAAAACGGAAACGUUUUGCCUGGGAUCUUAGCAAUUGCUUUCAGAACGACUCGGGAAGAUCCUAUUUCCCUCACUGUCAUCCCGAAUCUUCGAUGCAAAAAUGCCUUUCCAAGUUGGAUGACAUAUCUUAUCAAACAUAUCUUCAAUUCUUCCUUGAGACCAACACAAUUUGUUAUCAGCUUCAGGCAACAGCAUUCAGGCUUCAAACGGAGAAAUUGGUGAAUGAUUUAAAGAACGCAGCUCGGAUUACCGAUGAGAAAAUGGAUGACAUGGAAAUGAAAACCGAGCAAUUGUUGCAGAGCUCGAACAACAUUCUAAGUUCUCUUACAUUAAUCGGCCAACAAUCGCAACAAAUAGCGGAGACGACGAAGAAUGCGUCGGACCAUAUGGAUAUUGUAGUGGAACAUUCGAUGGCGGUUUUCAAGCAAUCUCAACAAAUUGCAGCUUUUCAAUCGGAACUGAAAACAGGACAAGAGAAAAUGAAAAGCAAUUUGAAAGAAGGGAUGGUGAUGCUUAGUGACUCGUACAAGAACUUGGGUGAAAGACUUGAUGGCAUUAGAAAGGAGACUGUUGAAGUAGAGAAGAAGAUAAGCAAAAUGAGCGAUGCAAUGUCUGAUAAAAUGAGUAGUUUGCAGAUCAAAGCCGAUGAUAUAGGAAAAAUGACAGGGAAUUCCUUGGAAAACCAAAGGGAACUUUUGGAUAAACAAUCCGAAGCUCUCGACGGACUUCAAUCAAUUACGGAGUUUCAAUCACAAGCAUUAGCCGAGAGCAGGGCGUCGUUGAAAGAUUUGGCCGAUUUUGGACAUUUGCAACAAGAAAUGCUUCUGCAGCGACAACAACAGCUCGAACAAUCACACGAUCAUCUGGUUGAGAAUUCCAUGUCUAUAUUAGCAGCUCAGGAAGCUUUUGAGUUCAAGCAAGCCCACAUGUUUGCAGCUUUGGACAAGCUCUUUAAUAUCCACAAUGCCAUGUUGGUGGAGUCCCGAUUGAUAAAAGCCUUUUUCCUUUAUUGUUUAUCGAUAUUCAUAAUCUAUGUCCUCACCAGCACCAAGCAAACAUACACCGUGAGAACCAGGCUCUAUAUUGGUUUAUGUGCUUCAUUCAUGAUCGAAAUCGCGAUUCUCCGAUAUCCUAUGAACGAUAUCGAACAGCAAACAUGGCUUAUUAAUCUGCUGAGGCUGCUCUAUACUAUCCUUGCAUCUACCCAACUUCUUUUUGCCAUAUAUUCAUAUAGGGACUACGAAAGGCUAAACCAUCAAAUGCUGGUAACAUUGAUUGACAAGGUUAACAGCAUAAAGACUAACUCGGAGUUGUGUUGGGAUUCUGAUAGUGAUGUCGACUGGCCGUCGUGGAUCGAUACCGAUUUACCCGACAAUGUAGACAAUCUCAAGGACCCUGACUACAUGGUUCCGUUUGCAGCAGCAGCAGAAAGUGAAGGCAAUUCGAUUAUAGUAUCUCAGUUUCCAGGAAGUAUGAUCUCCGACCCCGCCGUUGAUUUAAAGGCGUCAUCGGAAUUAGAUCACAUCUUCAGUUUCGGGUUGAAGUUGAACGACUGA